CCCCUUCCUCUCCGUCAGAGAGGGAAAAAUGGAGCGAAAGUUCCUUUUUCCCUCCUCGAAAACCGGCAGCGUUAGAGGGAACAGAAUGAGAACAGGCGCCAAGGAGGAAGAAAAUGGAGAGGCCCGCAACCGUUUCUCCUCUCAAGUGACAGUGCGGAUGAUUUCGUCCCUCGGGGGGCAGAGGAGCCCCUCCCUCACCUCACUUCGCCUGUUAGGAUGGGCUGGCGGCGAGUUCCACUCCUUUGCUGUCAAUGACUAUGAGGCAUAAUCGCCUUCUCCGACUCUCUCUGUUAUAUGGAUCGGGAUAUGUUAUGCGUUUGCGUGUCCGUGUACACACACACAGCACAGAGAGGAGGAUUAUAUUACAAAGUGAAAUCAAAAGGCCCAGCGGGUGCAGAAGAUAUGCAUGCCUUACAGAGCACAAAUGCAAACCAGAUCUAGUGAAAACGAAGGCAUUUAUUAUCAAGGAAUUUUUUUUUCAUCUGAAUAACCAUGGCAGAAGGUGGAUUUGAUCCCUGGGAGUGUAUCUGCUCACAUGAACAUGCCAUGAGGAGGCUGAUCAAUCUGUUACGACAAUCCCAGUCCUACUGCACAGACACGGAAUGCCUACAGGAAUUGCCAGGACCAAAUCCAUCUGUUGAUAAUGGCAUCAGUUUUACAAUGAUAAUGGUGGGCUGGCUGGUUCUGGCACUUGUCUUGUUCUUGAUGAGACCCGCUAACCUAAGAAGAUCUAUUACAGCUGACAAGCCAUCCAACCCACAUAAUGGACAAGAACCACCAGCUCCACCUGUGGACUAGAGCAUACUGGAAAAGCUCAACUGUAACCGUACAUGACCAAAAGAGUGAAAGUGACCAGAAUACUCCUAAAUCCCAUACAAUACUGUUCUGCUCCAUACAUUGAAAAACCUUUUCUCCCCCCCCAAAUUAUUCCUAGAAGGUUAUAUUUGAAUAAAUUUACAUAUGUGGUGGGAGGCAAUUUGGGUGAUGGUUGUUGGGACUAUAGAUGUUGCACCUUGCAUUAAUAUCUGGUGGAGAAUUAAAACUUCUAUAUUUAUAGUUGUCAUUUUUCACACCAAUUGCUCCUUUCUUACAUAUGGCUAAAGUUGCAAUAUUGGGCACAAUCCACCUGCAUGUCUCUGUGAUCCUUGUACAUUUACUGGGGGCUUGCUCAGACGUUCCCAGUAUAUGUACCCAUUGUCAAGACUUCAUGUAGAACUAGGAUGACUAAUCUGUAGCCCUCUGCAUUUAGGUUCUGGACUACAACUUCCAUCAGCCCCAGUCAGCAUGGCCAACAGUUGAGGAUGGCGGCAGAUGUAGUCCAGAAACAUCCAGCUGGCCACAGGUUAGCAUCCCUGAGAUAGAAUAGACUAAAUUGUAUUUCAUCAAUGCAAGUUUUGAUCUACUCUGUGCUUGCUAACCAGAAUUGUUUCUGGCACACAGGAAUUCCAUCAACUAUUUAUAUUUGUGUAAGUGUUGUCCAAAGUACAUACUUGUCUAGCAUAUGGCCAAAUUAACUGUAUUUAUUAGAAGCAAGCAAAUAAUUUAAUCUUGUAUUAAGACAAUUAAAUCACGAAUAUCUAAUACUACAUUCGAAACUAGGAAUAUUUACAAAUAUUAUAAUAAAGCUAGGUGUCUUGUAUACUCUUCUGUAAUGGAUAUUACAGUCCACUGUUACCCUUAUCCAGUUAUUUUCCAUAGAUGUAGGACUCCGAAGUGGACAUGAAGCUGCCCUGAUUGUAAAGGUUUCUUGUUCACCUCAGUGGCAGGGCAGCAGCAGCAUAGUGUAUGUAAAAAGGAUGCACUUGAAGGGAUUUCCUCAGUCAUUGUAAUUAUUCAGAAGCCUUUGCAGGCAGCAAGUGAUCUAUGCAUGUUGGACAGUUUGUGGAACUCUUGAUCAGGACAAUACAUUUUACUGAAAUAUAGGGAAAAAGCAACAACCAGCUAUAACAGUCUUAUUCAAUUUGAACUCCAUAGAACUAGGUUCACCAUAUACACUUACUUGAUGCAUCUAUAAGUAUCUUGCCACUAUUUUCACAUGGGUACCUUAAUUAUUUUUGGCCUAGUCCGGCUGUGCUAGCAUAUAAAUGCUUUGGAAUAGAAUUCACUGGUCCACUGCAGCACAGUAAGCUAUAAAGUUAGUUCCUAUUGUUAGAACCUUAAGGCCAGUACCAAUUUUUAAAAUCAAGGACAAAUGGUUCUAUCCUAAACGUGUUUACUUGGAAGUAAAACUUACCAAGAUCUAUGGGGUUAAUUUCCCGGGACUUGUGCUCAGUCUAAGGGUGCUUUCACAAGAGACACUUAUUUUUUUAAAGCUUUUCAUGUCUGUAUGAUAAUAUUCCAAUCUGUAUUAUUUUUGGAUGUUAACAUUUUCUUAUUCUUAGCAAUAGCAUGCCAAAGCUGUGCCUCUAGGGCAAGAGUUCAGCUGUCAUUUUUAUGGAUGGAACCAGCAAGCAAUAAUGUAUAUUUGUGAAGUCACCAAACAUUCACAGAAAUAGAAAAUAUUGUUGGCAAAUAUUAAAUAUAAUUUUAGGGAUUGCCAUUGGAUUUGAAAUACUUUAUGCAUUAUAGAUCACAUUAUUGCCACCCUGGGCUCCUACUGGGAGGAAAGGUGGGAUAUAAAUUUAAUAAAUAAAAUGUGUUCUUAAAGGUCACUUAUUGAGUGCACCCCAAGAUGUCUUAAAAGGAGCAAGGGUGUAGUUACUAUGAAAGUGUUUAGUAAUUGGGUUUCAUUCAGAAAACACCUAGAAUUCCCAGCACCUAGAUUGUGCAAGUAGCAUUUUGCAAAUUACAGAAAAUUUAAGUAGUAGGCUGAGGUCAUAAAAUUCUGGACUUUACCACUUGUGCUUGUAGGUGUGUGGUAGGUGUUGUAGUUCUGAAUGCUCCUCCAUGUGAAACCGUUCCUGCUUCUAACAAACUAGCACAUUAGAUAGGGCCUCAUACAAUCUUUCUGACUGAUGUGCUAGUUUAUUUCUUGCAGAGAUUCCACCCCCCUCCUGAGGAGCAUUCAAAAAUAUGAAGCUCCUACCUGCAGUCUCAAGUGGUACAAUCCAGAAUUCUACUAUCUCCGUACACGGAAUGUGUAGAACAGCUUUAAGGCUGAAAGAAUGCUUAAAUUUGGGUUCUUUGAACAAAACCUUCAGUGAGAGAUAAUUUAUGGUUGCCAGCAAUGGAAUGCAAGAAUUGUAAUUUACAUUCUUCUCCUACACUGUCGAUCAGCCUCCCUCCUGUACUUUGUUCUUGAAAUGAUCCACAAGGAAAAUAUAAGAAGACAGCUUGGAUGAUUUGGUGUACUCCCGAUUCCAGUUUUAACUAAUUGAAAGGAAAUGUAUGUGUAAUAUAUUAAGUAAUCUAAGAACUUUAUGCAGUUCAGUCCUGUGCACGUUUACUAGGAAGUCUUAUAGUGUUCAGUGGGGCUUGCCCCUGAGUGAAUGAGCAGAAAAUUGCAGCUGGGAGUGAAACAAAGAAAAGUAACUGCCUAUUUUUCUUGAUUACUUUGAAAAAGAACAGAAAGAACCCUUUUAUGUUUCCUAAUGUCUAUGAAGCUUUUUACCAACAAGAUUAUAGCAAUUUAGCAAGAUUGCAGCAAAAUGGCUUGCAGCAAUUGCAAUGGCCUAACUGUACAAACCUAUUUUAUUUUGACACUUCUUCAGUCCUAUACAAAGUUUACAUUAAUGACCCCUAGAAUAAGAAUCUUGAGCAAAAAUAUUCUUCAAAAUAGGAAACUGCCUUAUGCCUGAUUGGUCCAUCUAGCUCAGUAUUGUCAGUAUUGACUGGCAGUGGACCUCUCCAGGGUUUCAGGCAGGAGAUAUUCCCAGUCUUAACUUGAAAUGCCAAGGAUCAAAUCUAGGACCUGUUGCAUGCAAAGCAGAUGCCCCACCAUGGAGCUUUCACCUUAUUAUGUGAGGAGCCAUGUCAAAUUUAACCAGUUUCAAAGCGAUUUACAUCUGUACAGUAAAAUAAGUACCCUAAUAAAGGUCCUAACCUGUAUCAUAGUGAGUUUUUCAGUGGGGACAAUCCAGUAACUAAUUACUCCCACACAUUAUUGCUGAAUGCAGACAACUUAAGUCACUUGAGAUGAUGUUCACAUUCAGGCUACCCCAGGGGCAAUCAGAUCAAUCUCAACACCUGUCCAUACUGUGUUCUAAGGCAAUAUUUGAGCAUCAGAGAAUCCUUUCCACAUUGAUUAACCUGCCAUAGAACUGUGUGUUGCUGAGGCUUCUGUUAAUGAAUGUGGUGUUUAUUGCACUCAAGUUUUGUGUAAGGUGCUGACUGGUCCCGUUGGGUACUGUCAUUUGUCUGCAUGGAUUAGCAUUCCACAGUACAUCUAGCACCUCUACAUAUUGGAAACGAAGAGGCUGCCUUUCAGACAUGUUUGUGCACCAUUACUGACUUUACUCAACCUGGCAAGAUUCCAAGGAACUCGAGGAUUGACAGAACAGUUUGAAAACCUCCACUUUAAGAGAUUUUAGAUGGACGGGUGCUGGGCAAACAAAAUAUUUGUUAAAAAUAGGAACUGUCCAUGAACAUUUAGUAUGUGUCCUGGGGAAGGAGAAACGGUCUGUUAAGAGGCUCACAUUGCAUUCUUCCUCCUGUUCCAAAGUAAUACAUACGCAAAAUGGUCUGGGGAUAGUUGAGGAAAAGAGCUAGUCCCUUUAGCAACUACUGUUGCCUCUUUACAAGACACAUCUUAGUUUGGUAUUAGUUUGAUCUUUAUAUUAAAGGUUCAGUGCUCAGCCAGCAAGACACAGACUUUACAGAGCUACCUGCUGGGAAUAAGAAAGCAGGUUUACUGUUUAUGCUUUAGUUCAUAGCAUUGUUAUUUUUUCUGCUUUAAAUGCGCAAACUAGACAUGACUUCAGUCUUUCUCAGUUUAAAAAAAGUUAAUAGUUGCUACUGUACAGGAGACAGACUUGGAUUAGGGGUCAUACUGGGGGAAGGGAGAUUUACCCUUCUUCCCCAAUGCUGUUUCCUCAUUAAAAUCACACCCCAGCUGCUAAAUAGCUUCAGGGGGGAUUUUAAUUAAAAACAUCAUGGGAGAAAAGAGGGUCAUACCUCCAUUCAUCAACAUCGCAGCUCUAAUCAAAUCCCAUCCCACAGCUCCUAAUAACUUGUUUUAAAAAACAUGGAAUAUCCUGAUCACAUCUUCUUUGACCCUUAGAUAACAAAAUGAAAAUUCACGUUUGCUUAUAGGGUAUCAGCAGAUCACCUAGCCUUAGUUUAGAAGAGUGAUUUUCUGGGGCAGAGAUGAGUAAUAACAAUGUUUUUAGUUUAAACUGGAGGCUUGAAUCAUACCAAACAAAUUGUGUCUGUGCCAUUUGAGAAUUUUCUGUUACAGUAUUUACUAAGGUUUGGUUUGUGGUAUAAAGGUCUUGUACUAUGCAAUUUUUAUUGAUUCAAAUAAAUAGUAACAAUUAGUAACUGUGAA